UGUAUUUGACACCAACAAUUUUAACAACUGAUUUCGCGAGAAAGAAGAGAUAAAAAUGUCCUACAAAUUAAGUUGUGUACUACGAGGCCAUGAACUAGAUGUGAGGGCUGUUUGUCCCGCUGUUUUCCCUAAGGGAGGAAUCAUUACAGCCUCAAGGGAUAGGACAGCUCGAUUGUGGAUUCCUAGUGAAGGAAAACUUGGUUUUGAAGAAAGGCAUGUUCUCAGCGGACACUCUAACUUCAUCUCUGCCGUUUGUACGAUUCCUCCUACAGAUAAAUACCCUCACGGUCUUGUAGUCACUGGUGGCCAUGAUAGUAUGAUUCUUGUGUGGACACUGGAUUCUCUUGAGCCUCUCCACAAACUGGAGGGUCACAGUGGAGCAGUAUGUUCUUUAAUUGCUGGAAAGUUUGGAACACUUCUCUCUGGAUCAUGGGACAACACAGCACGUGUGUGGAUUGGAAGCAAGUGUAUGAUGAAACUGCAAGGCCAUGAAGCAGCAGUAUGGGCUGUCCAACUAAUGCCAGAUCAUGGGCUUAUGCUCACAGGUUCAGCUGAUAAGACCAUUAAGAUGUGGAAAGCAGGGACGUGUCAAAUUACAUUUACUGGACACAGUGACUGUGUCAGAGGUCUGGCUGUUCUCUCUGCUCUGGAGUUUGUGUCUUGUUCAAAUGACUGCACCAUUAGAAGGUGGAUGAGCACAGGUGAAUGUCUUCAGGUUUAUACAGGACACACAAGUUUCAUCUACAGUAUUGCAGCUCUUGGAGAUGGAAACUUUGUUUCUGUAGGGGAGGACAGGUCACUUCGAAUAUGGAAAGGGGGAGAAUGCACUCAAACAAUUACCCUUCCUGCUCAAUCAGUUUGGAGUGUUACAUGUUUGAGCAAUGGAGACAUUGUAACUGGCUCAAGUGAUGGUAUUGUGCGUGUUUUUACUGGUGUGGAAGACAGAGUGGCAUCAGAAGAAGAAUUACAGCUAUUUGAUGCUGAAGUUGCAAGUCAUGCUAUACCAGCAGAGACUGCAAGUGGUAUGUUAGGUGAUGUCAAACUUGAAGAUCUUCCUGGACCAGAAGCUCUUCUUAGACCAGGUGACAGAAGUGCUCAAACAAAACUCAUAAGAAGAGGAGAUGUGAUUGAAUGUCACCAGUGGAAUGGCAUGGAAACAAGAUGGGAAAAGGUUGGUGAGGUAGUAGGUUCAGCAGGAACGGAAGGAGCUGCAAGCCAAACCAACAAAACAAUGUAUAAUGGAAAGGAAUACGAUUUUGUGUUUGAUGUUGAAAUUCAAGAGGGGCGUCCUCGAAUGAAACUGCCAUAUAACCUGAAUGAUGAUCCUUGGAUGGCUGCGCAUCAGUUUCUAGAGCGGAAUGAUCUCAGUCAGAUGUUCUUGGACCAAGUGGUUGAUUUUAUACUUAAGAAUACCAAAGGUGUCACAAUAGGGCAACAAGGUUCAUCUGCAUCUGAUCCGUUUACUGGAGUAGGACGGUAUAUUCCAUCAGCAGCGCCUUCUCAGACAGUAACAGAUGUCAAUUUGGGAGGAGCUGUAGAUCCCUUUACAGGUGGUGGUAGCUACAGACCUUCAUACUCAUCUCCACAGACUAACACGGGAGGGGUGGAUCCAUUCACAGGUUCCAGUAGUUACAGAUCAGGACAGGCUAGUAUUCAAGUCAGUCCAGCUAAUGAAAGUUCCACGGCAAAGUCUAAUCCUUACUUUCCUAAGACAUCAUGUGUGUCGUUUGAUAGCGCAAACGUCAAUGCGAUCGCUGGUAAAUUAAAGGAAUUUAAUGAAAGUUUAGAAGAGGAUCAAAAAUUAUCAGAAGAUGAACUAAAAAACUUAACAGAACUAUUAAACGACGUAGGAGCCGCUGCAGAUAAGUGUAAAUCACCAAAGGUUGCAUACAUGUCUCUACUCGUGAAGGCUCUAAAGUGGCCACAAAAUCAGCUAUUCCCAGCUCUGGAUAUUCUACGCCUGGCUGUGCGAUUUCCAUCUAUUGCCAACGUGUGUUGUAGCGGGUCUGAGGGAGACAAUCUUAUGGCUCACUUGCUUGCUUGUACAAGGGACGAUAAUCCACCAUCCAAUGUGCUCCUGUCAUUUAGAAUAAUAUCAAAUCUAUUUUUGUCUUUUGACGGUUCAACUUUGGUGCUGAAACACAGGGAGAAGAUUGUAGAACAUACGAUAUCGUGGUGUAAGUGCUCUAACAAGAACAUUAGGGUGUCAAUAUGUACCAUUUUACUCAAUUUUUCUGACCUUUUACGGAAGCAUCAUGAUUUUGAAGCAAAGACUCAAUGUUUAUCAAGUCUUGCGGACAUCCUAGAAAGUGAAACAGACAAUGAAGCCAGAUUCAGAUCUCUUGUAGCAGUUGGAACUUUGAUAUGGGGCGAUUCUGACGCGCUUUCCUUGGCACAAUCGUUAGGAAUUGAAAAUUCAUUGAAGAUCCUGUCGUUCAUCAAUGAUCCACCCAAGGUUGGUGACUGCGCGUCUAAAGUUUUAGCCGCUAUAACGGCAGAAUGAAUGUGGUUCAUUUGUUUUCACGCUGUCUUUCUUUUUGUAUGUUCUUGCCGCCAUACCAGACCACGGAAGCACUCAGCCUUCACUGCUGCAAUGAAAAAAAAAAAAAAUCUCAGAUUAUUUUAUCAUCAGAGCGAUUUUUUAACUUAAUGGAGGACACCUGCUCGGCGCCAUUGAGAAGCCGGGCACUUAACGUCGCCAGAAAUUAAGGAGUGUAAAAAAUAUUUGCGCCGGUAGUUUAACUUUCGCUCAGUGUACAUGCGUAGAGACAAGAUUGCCUGUUCUUCCCUGACGAUUAUUGGUUGCAAGGGAGCCAUGGUAGUGUUAGAAAUGCCUGUGAAAGACACGUAACUUGUGACCUACCGACACAUUGUCGAGUUCCCGGAUGAUUUGGGUAGUUUUUUUUUUUGUUUUAAACAAAUCAGUUAUUCUCGCGUUGUUAAUCUAAAUGUUUAUAAUCUAUCUAAUGUGAAAGUUUAAUUAAAUAAAGGAAGAGCCAUUUGAA